CAACAUUUUUAUUUCAGCUUAUAGCUAUAAGAAUCUUGAAUAUGAGUUCUACAUUAUUGGUGGGUUAUGGUUAACGAAAACUAACAAACUAUAAAGGUACAACUUCAGUUAUGUGGGCUGCUUUGGAGAAGCUAUCAGAACACGUUAAACGAUACAGCACUGUUCUUGGACAAAUAUGGUACAUUUGCGUUUUCAUUUUUCGACUGAUCGUCGUCUCAACAAUCGGCGGAGCGGUGUAUGGGGACGAGCAAUCACAAUUCAAAUGUAGCACCCUAUCUCCGGGCUGCGAAAAUAUGUGUUUUAACAGUUUUUCAAAAAUCUCACACAUGCGGUUCUGGGCUUUCCAAUUACUCGGCGUCCUAGCACCCACGGUUUUCUUUCAUUUUUACGCAAAUAGAGUGACUGGAAAAAUUGAAAAACUGAAACAGCAGUCAAAAACCUUGGAUCCCAAAGCUCGACGAAAUAGCGAAAGAAAAUUGAAAGAUGUUAAAAUGAAGACCGUCUAUAAUGGGAUCGAUAUUAAACAACUUCCUCUGACAAAGAAAAUUCAUUUGGCGUAUUAUCUAAGCGUGCUUCUGCGUAUGUGUGUGGAAGGAUUUUUCAUAUACCUUGCACACUUGCUUUUUCGUUUCAAUAGUCCCGCAAAAACGAUCAAAGGAGACUCUAUCUUUAAUUUCAUAUUAUUCGAAGUUCCAGGCAUGUAUUUAUGCUCUCAAGAAGACCACGCAGUCUACGCGUCAUGCAAACAACAUUUUCUUAAUGGUCAGGGCUACGUACCUUGUUGGUCGUCUCGUCCAUGGGAGAAAACAAUUUUUAUUCGAUACAUGAACAUAUUCAGCGCAGUUUGCUUUGUACUAAGCCUAAUAGAGCUGAUAUAUUUAACAUUCAAAGGCCUUGUUGGAACGAAUUGCAGAAAAUGCAAACGAACAUUAUAUACACAAGCGAAGAAAUACAAUGUGAAUGAGUCGCCACAAUCGCCUUCUUCCAGUCUACCAUUUCAAUCAGAGUUCAACGUAACAGAAGAAACGGAAUUAUCACGGGGAAUGCGCGAAGACCAUAGAGAUCGAGGGGACGGGCGCUGGGUACCGAACGGCAACAGCCUCGGAUUUGCGAACUCGGGAUGGUUCAUUGGAAGUUCCCACAAAAUAUCGACUCCAGAAAGGCGACCAAGAGCGCGACGGACACAGUACGUUUAGGUUUUCCAUAUGUGAAAACGUUAUCCUACAAAGCUACAGCAGUGUUUAUCCUGGGAAAGAGACAUUAAUUGAAAGGGAUGAUUUUGGUGAACUGUGGCUUGUAAAAGCAAAAAAGACAUAUGAGGAUAUCAAUUGAUCGGCUUGAAAAUAUUAUUUCAAAUCUUGUGGACUGAAUUAUGUGAAUUUUUGAUGCGCGGUGUAAAUCUAGUCAAACAUAGCUGUUCCUUUUGCUGCCAUUUUCCUUGGUUUGCUUUGGAAUUCAAUAAUUUCAAAUCUUUUCGGUGCCUUUCAUUCAUCUUAUUUUUCCACGCUGAUUUUCUAUUUUACUAUAAGGUCUAUUUAGCUGCUUAAAUGAAUUGAUGCAGUGACUUUUUUUUUAGAAAAUCAAGUGAUGCUACUGUUGCUACCACAGAACUCUUGUUUUUGUGCGUUCUGUGUGAAUCCGUGCCUUAUGUCGAAAUGAAACUGUUUUGGUGAAAAAUAUAAGGUCAAAUAUUUAAGAUCGAAA